UGUAUCUUCUCAGGUUCUCUGACGGUGUCCAUCACGGAUAUGCGCGCUCCGGUGGUGGGCGGGUCCGGCGGGGUCUAUGCACUCUGCUCAGCACAUCUCGCCAACGUUGUCAUGAACUGGGCCGGUAUGAAGUGUCCAUACAAAUUGCUACGGAUGAUUCUUGCACUUGUUUGCAUGAGUUCAGAGGUGGGCCGUGCCGUAUGGCUGCGUUUCUCCCCGCCCCUCCCCUCCUCCGGACCGCAGCCCAGUUUCAUGGCUCAUCUGUCGGGCGCAGUGGUGGGCAUCAGCAUGGGGCUGCUGAUCUUGCGGAGCUAUGAGGAAUCUCUGCAUAAACAGUGCUCCUGGUGGGUCCUCAUCUUCUCCUUCAUCACCUUCCUCCUCUUCGCCAUCUUCUGGAACAUUUUCGCUUACGAGCUGCUCGGGGUGCAGAUCCCGCCCCCUCCCUGAUGACACGCCCCCCUCUGGUGGCCCCAAAAAGCCACGCCCCCCUGUCCGACACAGGUCCGACCUCAAUCUACUCCACUCGACCAGCAGCGGAGACACGGACUUAAAAACCGGAAGGAAGGAUUUCAGUGGUGUGAAAUGAUAACGCAUACUCAUAUUCCAUACAGAAGCAGCGAACACAAACGGCGUGGUAUUUUUAAUGAACACUCGGAGGUAGCAUAAGGGUCCGGCGAGUUUAUUUGAACAGACCGUCAGUACGUCAUACACUCGAAACAUGCACACACACACACAC